CUCAGUGCUGGGUCUUCAGGUGCCCAGUGCAGCCUCAGGCUCUGUGCUCAGGGUCUCAGUGCUGGGUCUUCAGGUGCCCAGUGCAGCCUCAGGCUCUGUGCUCAGGGUCUCAGUGCUGGGUUUUCAGGUGCCCAGUGCAGCCCCAGGCUCUGUGCUCAGGGUCUCAGUGCUGGGUCUUCAGGUGCCCAGUGCAGCCUCAGGCUCUGUGCUCUGGCUAAUCCUGCUCAUGGCUUUAGAGGCUGCCUUUGCACCCCAGCGAUGGCCUCACUCUUCUGAAGAAAGUGUGGUGAUCAGCAAGACCUGUGAGACCAAGGGUCCCUGACGCCUGUGUCCGCCCCAGAGGUCCAUGUGGGUGGAGAUGCUCGGGUGGGUCAGGGUUCUACUAGGACAGAAUGCAGUGAGGGAUGGCUGAGCCCCAUCUGAGCUCACGUUCAAGGAGAGCUCAUCUUGACCUUCUGCUCCCUCCCUCUGGGAAGCUCUUGUGGGGAGGGAGUCAUCCAGAGCCCAGAUCAGACGGGCUGACCACAGUCCCUCUGGUCCCUCUGCUGGGGUGCUCCCGACGGGAGGUCCAGUGGGACCCAGAGCACCAGCGGCCUCAGCCCUUGCCUGGUUUGGCUGUGCGGUGACUGGCAGUCGGCCUCACCUAGCACCUUGGUUUGCAGGCCUUGGACCAGCGGGAUUGGGCCAUGAGACUCCUGACAGGCAGCCGUCCUGACCGCUGAGCUGCAGACGACCCUGCCCUCUGGACAUGGCGCUCCAGCGUGCCAUCCUCCUGGCCGGCCUCCUGGUGGAAGUUGCUGGCAAAUCCUCAGAAAGUGCAGACCAGCAGUCCGCGUGCUGUGUGGACGUCGUGGGCGUCAACACCACCUGCCCAGGCACCAGCCUGUGUGGCCCAGGCUGCGUCAGGCGCCGGAACGAGGACGGGAGCGCCAGCUGCGUGCAGUGCAGGAACGGGACCGCCCACAGCUCCGAGUGCAGAGGCCUCGCUGGCCAGGGCGCACAGUCCCCCGUGAACAGGAGCACAGGGGCGCCUGGGCGGCCGAAUCUCGGACGGACUCAGGACCCACCUCCCGGACACUCUGUCCCCAGCCUGCUCUUGUCUGAGAUGCCCCCUGACGCCGCUGCGGUUGGCCGUGACAGUCCUGGGAGACGAGGGUCCUGUCCUCUGACCCUGCUUCUUGAGGCACCUGGACUGAAGGCUCAGGCUUCCCACGUCUCAGGACCAGAAGGAGGGGGCCCGCGCGUGGCAGCCUCCCUCUUCCUGGGGACCUUCUUCGCCAGCUCCGGCCUCAUCCUCACGGUGGCUGGUUUCUUCUACCUCAAGCGCACCAGCAAACUGCCCCGGCUCUGCUGCGGUAGAAACAAAGCCCCGGCCCUGCAGCCUGGCGAAGCCGCCGCGAUGGUCCCCCCGCCACCGUCCUCAGUGCGGAAACCUCGCUACGUCCGGCGAGAAAGACCCUCGGACAGGGACAGGGGCCCCACUGCCGUCCCCUCGGUGGAGGCCCGGGUCAGCAACGUCUGACCUGGAAGCGCACCUGCAACUCUGCACGUCACCUGGAGGCCUGCACGGGGCAGGCGCCGCCCACAAGGCCUCCAGACAGGCCCGGGCUCAGCUCCGGUCUCCCAGCAACAGGCAGAGCGGACACGGCAGCUUCCUGAAGGCGCCGCGUCCUUCCCACAGCUGCUCGGCGUCACUGACCGGGAGCAGCGUCCCUGACGUGGCGGGAGCGAGGCUUCGAGGGUCUGGGCCCCCGGAGAGACCGUGAGGGACGGCAGAGCUGACCGCCCUCGGGCGCCCGGUGGGCACACAUCCUGAGGGUGGUGAGGCCUUGCAAGGCCUUUGGGUGUUCCAGCCCGAGUCCAGACGGGUGGGGCAGGGGCUUGGAGCCGCCCUCGGGGCCGCGGGACCGCAGGGCUGUCCUGCUGUGGCCAGGACCCCAGCCCGUGGCCACGGGUUCCUGGUUUCCUGUUGACUUCUGUCUGCUUCUAAGUAGAAAAGCAUUUUGUGGAAAAGUCAGAGACGCUGCUGCCCUCGCCUGCGCCCCACGAGCUGUGGGGCUUCGUCCCCCAGGAUGGACACUGCCUGCGGUGGCUGGACGGCCAGACCCAGUUUCCCUGUCCUCCCCGACCUGUGGGCUCCUGUGGAGAAAGGGGUGUGCAUGGCCCCCUCCCUGCACUAGGCCGGGCCUGGCUGUCCUCCCCAGACCCUCAGCUGCCACCCACGCUUUCCCUCUGUGUCGGGUGCACUCCGAGGGGCCGGAGGGGCUUGCGUGGUCCGCCCCGCCCUCUGCGUGGCGAUGCCCAGCUCAGCACCUCCAGGCAGAGUCAGGCCUGUCCCGGUCCAGCUCUGAGAGCAGGGAGCCGGCUUCGA